AUGAUGAAUUUAUUCAAAUCAACAAGAGAAAAUGAUAUAAGUCAACAUACUGAACGGAUUUAUACACGUGUCUAUGUUAUUCUAAUGAUAGCUUCUAUUGUCAUACUGCUCUUAUGUACAAGUUUUAGUAAACGAUCAAGAACUGAAACUGUACAAGCACCGAUGAAUUCCUUUGAAUUUGAACAAUUAUAUAGAUUAUAUUCAGAUGGUCUUAAUUGUCGUUGCAGUCAACUUUCUAUAUCUUGCAGUAAUUUUUUCUCUAAAAUUGAAGUAGAAUCUUUUCAUCCAGUUUGUUCAAGUGAUUUUGUUUCCUCUAAAUGGCUUAUUCAUCUUGUUACGCAGUAUGGGCCACCUGAUUGGACUUCUAAUCAAGAUUUUCGUCAGUGGGGUGCAGCUUAUUUUCGUACCCUUCAAACAUUCUGUUCAAUUGCCAAUGCUACUGUAACUGAGAUUCUAGAGAAUUUUUUGUCAUCAAUUUUAGUCAUCAAUCGAAUUAUAUCACAAGAUGAAUUCAAUAGAGAAAUGAAUGCUACUCUCAAUCAUCUAAAAGCAUCGAUGCCUAAUACAUUCAUGCAAGCUUUAACAUUGAUUCGAAUUACAGGUCAAUCCAAUGGUUUCAUGAAUGUUUUCUCGUCUAAUUGA